AUGUCGAGAUUGGCGAAAUCUGAUGUUGAGCGCUUAGGUCGCCAAAGGCCGCCUCAGUUCAAGACAAUAUGGACUGAAAUUGGAUUUGUCGGCUCUAUUCUCACACCUUAUGUACAGGAGUAUUUCGUGAGCGGUUUUGCCGUCAUUGUUCCAGACCUCGUGAGAGAUCUCAACAUCCCAGUAUCUUCAUCAACAUGGCCAGCGGCGGCUUAUUCUCUGAUGGUCUCAUCUGUAAUGUUACCCCUUGGUAGAAUCGCAGAUAUUUAUGGAGGACGACCUGUUUAUAUUGCUGGUCUCGCGUGGCUGACACUAUGGUCGAUCGUUGCCGGAUUCUCGAAAGAUCAAUAUAUGCUUGAUAUAUGCCGGGCUUUAGAGGGCCUUGGACCAGCUGCAUUCAUGCCGUCAGGGAUGAUGUUACUUGGUCAAACCUAUCGACCAGGACCAAGAAAGAAUCUGGUUUUCAGUAUAUAUGGUGCAUGUGGAGCUGCUGGAUUUUUCAUUGGUAUCUUUUUUGCUGGAUUGUCUGCCCAGUAUGCCACAUGGGCAUGGUAUUUUUGGGUAGGAGCUAUUUUGUCAUUCAUAAGUGUCGCCACUGCGAUGAUCUGUAUUCCGUCCGAAAAAGAUCGCCGUGAUGGGCUUCAGAUGGACUGGCUUGGGUCAGCGCUUCUAGCAACCAGUUUUAUCCUUUUCGUUUUUGCCCUAACGGAUAGUGCAUAUGCCCCGAACGGAUUCAAGACCUCUUAUAUCAUUAUCACACUCGUUUCAGGUAUCAUUCUUUUCGCAGUCGCCAUGUACGUCGAACGAUACGUUGCGAGUCAACCGCUCCUACCAAGUUCACUCUUCGCCGUCCCAGGCAUGAAACCUCUCUGCAUCGCCCUAUUUUUUACCUACGGAAGCCUUGGAGUUUUCCUUCUCUAUGCCACAUUCUACUGCACCAACAUUAUGGGUGCUUCGAGCCUCCAACUCGUUGCAUGGUUCAUCCCGCUCGCAAUUGGUGGAUGUCUGAUCGGCACAUUCGGCGGCUUCAUACUCCAUCUCGUUCCCGGGACAGCUCUCAUCAUCUUCUCUGGUAUAUGCUGGAUCAUUGCCCCACUACUAUUUGCGCUCGCUCCCAUAAAUGCAUCGUUUUGGGCUUGGGUAUUCACAGCAAUGACGUGUGCAACUCUCGGUAUAGAUAUAACAUUCAACGUCACCACGAUAUUCAUCACAACUUCGCUACCCUCAUCUCAACAGGGUCUUGCCGGCGCCCUAAUCAACUCCAUCAUGCAAUUUUCCAUCGCCGUAUGCCUAGGCGUCUCUGAAAUCAUCGCACAUUCGGCAGAGAGCAAGAGUGGGAGUUUGAGAAAGAGUUACAAAGCAGUAUUUUGGUUCGAGGUUGCGUGUGCGAGUAUCGCGUUGUGCAUCCUAAUUCCCUUUUGCAAGAUUGACUCGGCGACAGCGGGACUGACGGACGAGGAGAAACAAGAUGCGGAAACGGAGAAUGUGAAUUCGAUUAGUGUUGUGGGGGCAGAGAAGAUGGAUCGAGAUGUUUGUGCGAGUCAUUGUGAAACUUCAUCUUCAUCUUCUGAUUCGCUUGACCAACAUCUUUGUUGA